UCUCCACUUCCAUACAUAUAUGAAUCCAUGGGUUCAUCCCACCCUUUAUUAAGAACACACAACUCACCGACCUUAAUUUUCUCUCUUGAAACUUUUGAGUCCCAAAAGAGGCCGAAAGAAAGCAGAUGGGUGCAGGUGUACUUGAUAAUGCUGCAGCAGGCAGUAUAUUAAUACCCAGGAGUAUUAGUAAGAGGGAGAGCAGGUCCAGAUUUUGUUAUUCUUCAAAAAGAUUGGAUUUUUAUGGUGGUUCUUUUGCUGCUCUGUCAAGUGCUGUUGCAAAUCCAGCAAGGACUUCAGAGGAGAGGGUGUAUGAAGUGGUGUUGAAGCAGGCGGCUUUGGUGAGGGAGAGGGAUUUGUGGGUUAAGAAGAAGAAGAAAGUAGAUGAACCUGUAGAUGCUGUCAAGGGUUUAUCCAGUUGGGAUAUCUUGAAUGAGGCAUAUGAAAGGUGUGGUGAGGUUUGUGCUGAGUAUGCCAAGACUUUCUACUUGGGCACUUUACUCAUGACACCUGAAAGGAGGAGAGCUGUCUGGGCAAUCUAUGUAUGGUGCAGGAGGACUGAUGAACUGGUGGAUGGACCCAAUGCAUCCCACAUCACACCGAAAGCUCUUGACAGAUGGGAGGAAAGGUUGAAUGAUCUUUUCGAAGGCCGACCUUACGACAUGUUUGAUGCUGCUCUAUCUGAUAUUGUCUCAAAGUACCCUGUCGACAUCCAGCCUUUCAGAGACAUGAUUCAAGGGAUGAAAUUAGACUUGAAUAAGACAAGAUAUAACAACUUCGAUGAGCUAUAUCUCUACUGCUACUAUGUUGCUGGAACAGUUGGAUUAAUGAGUGUUCCUGUAAUGGGGAUUGCACCAGAAUCUAAGGCUUCGACUGAAAGCGUUUACAAUGCUGCUUUAGCUCUUGGCAUUGCUAAUCAACUAACAAACAUUCUCCGAGACGUCGGAGAAGAUGCACGGAGGGGAAGAAUUUACCUCCCACAGGACGAGCUAGCACAAGCAGGACUAUCUGAUGAAGACAUUUUCAGGGGAGAAGUGACAGACAAAUGGAGAAGUUUCAUGAAAGGACAGAUAAAACGUGCUCGGAUGUUCUUUGACAUGUCCGAAAAGGGUGUUUCGGAGCUUAAUCAAGCUAGUAAAUGGCCAGUAUGGUCAUCUUUGAUUCUGUAUCGCCAAAUAUUAGACUCCAUUGAGGCAAAUGGUUACAACAACUUCACGAAGCGAGCAUACGUAGAAAAAUCAAAGAAACUAGCAUCGUUGCCUGUAGCUUAUGUCAGAUCAUUGAUGGGUCCUUCAAAACUGUCUAAGCUUGCGAGGAAUUGAAGCUUUCCAGUCACUUUUCAUGGUUUCUUCUAAAUUAGGAGAGUCUGUAAAUACCAUGCUUUAAGUUACGUUUUAGUGGAUUUAUGAUGAUUGAGAACAAAACCGAUGUGCAUCUUUAAUUGAAACAAUUAUCGUUCGUAUCAAAUUCAUUUCUUGCAUGA